AUGGAUUUGUUACAGGUAGAUGACAGUCGACCUGUACAGCAGUUUCGGUGCGACGACAUCGAAAAGCAUCGACUGUUCAAUGAGUGGAGGACCUGGAAAGGCGCGCUAGAAUGUUAUUUCGAAGCGUACGAUGUCGUUGAUCAAAAGAAAAAGAGAGCAAAGCUUUUGCAUUUGGGCGGUCCACAACUUCAGCGAGUGUUCCAGAAUCUUCCCAACCGAGAGAAUUUUCCACUGGUGUCAUUGGAGAAACAGUGGUACGAUGUGGCCAUUAACGCUCUGGAUGAUUUUUUCCAACCAUGUCGACAGGAUUGCCUUGAGAGACAUAAGCUCAAACAAAUGAAGCAAAAGGAGGGUGAAAGGUUUGCUGAUUUCAUGCUGAGAUUACGUCAGCAGGCUUCGGAUUGUGGGUUCGAUAAAUAUUCGAACGAGGUGAAAGAUAUCUUGACAGAGAUAUUUCUGACAGAUGCAGUGAUCGAAGGCUGUGCGUCCGUGGAGUUACGUCGUCGAAUCCUACAGCAGGAUCGUUCACUUAGCGAGAUCGAAGCUCUCGGCGUGGCUAUGGAAAGCAUAGAAGUUCAGGUAAGGGAUCUGAACAGUAAGCAAAAGGAGUUCGCUGGUGGACAACAAGCUUACAAAAUCAGCGCUGUGAAUGUCAGAGAUCGCAGUCAGAAGCAGGUUUCGCGACGCGAGCCAAGAAAAUUCAGCGAGGCACGAAAUAACAAGUUCAGCUACAAGACCUACCGGUGUUACAACUGUGGCCGUCGCGACCACAUCUCUACCGACAGAAGGUGUCCUGCACGUAAUAUCGUUUGCCACGGGUGUAAAAUGACGGGCCAUUUUGAAUCAUGUUGUCGUCUGCGAAACUCUAGAAAGAAGCCCGUAGUAAUGCCAGUUGGCGGCACAGAUCGCAUCCGUGUGGUAGAAGACGAAACGGCACCACCCGAGCCCGAAGCUGAACAACAACCUGGAAAAACGUAUUAUGCGUUUUAUUCCGGAAACGACACUAACGUUCUUGCGUGUGAAGUUGGCGGAGUCGUGCUCGACCUUCUCAUCGAUUCCGGUUCCGAUGCCAAUCUAAUUCCGGAUGUUGUCUGGGAAAGCUUGAAACAAGCAAAAGUCAACGUACGCCAGUGCACUAAGGGUAGCUCCCGUAUCCUAAAAGGCUACGCCAGCGACUUGCCGUUGCCGAUUUUGGGAACCUUCAUUGCUGAUGUCAGAGUUGGAAAGCGUACGGUUGCGGCAGAGUUUUAUGUCGUAAAGGGUGGCCAACGAUCCUUGCUCGGAGACAAAACCUCGAAAGAGUUAGGUAUCCUAAAGGUCGGACUAGAUGCUUUUGCGGUGACGAGCGAAGCAAAACCUUUCUCCAAGAUCAAGGACGUCCAAGUUCAGAUCCACAUGGACCCACAUGUAAAGCCCGUGUUCCAGCCAAUUCGGCGGAUUCCGAUACCGUUGGAAGAUGCAGUCAAUCGGAAGCUAGAGCAGUUGCUUACCAAGGACAAAUUUGAAGUGAAGGAAGGGCCUGCUUCUUGGGUGUCGCCGCUCGUAGUCGUCGGGAAGAACAAUGGAGAACCAAGGAUCUGCCUCGAUCUGCGUCGUGUCAAUGAAGCGGUUCUUCGCGAAAGACAUCCAAUGCCCGUCGUGGAUGAGUACCUAGCCAGGCUGGGAAAAGGAAAGUAUUGGAGCAAGCUGGACGUAAAGGACGCCUUUCUGCAGGUUGAACUGGCCCCAGAGUCACGCGACAUCACGGUUUUCAUCACCAACAAGGGGUUGUUUCGAUUUAAGAGACUUCCCUUUGGUCUGGUAACUGCACCCGAACUGUACCAGAAGGUAAUGGACCAAAUACUGGCAGGUUGCGAGGGAACAUCAUGGUACCUAGAUGAUGUGAUCAUCGAAGGUAGCACACGAGAGGAGCACGACAAGCGACUGGAAAAGGUAUGUUGA